GUGUAGCUUCGGAACAUGUCAGGAUAUGAAGAAGGCUGCCGUACAAAGCUGAUCUCUUAUACCUACAUUCAUUUGGUGUGGCGAAUGAGUGCAACCCGACAGUACAGCAAGUCGUUACAUAUCUAUCUAUAUGCAUAGCACCGUACCGGAUAUUAAUAAUAAAGCAAUUAGUUUCAUGUAGUCGUACUUAUUCUUAAUGCUAGUAAAUUUAAUUCCACUAUAAUAUAUUAAGUUAAAAUAGUCGAUUUGAGAGAUGUCAUUCGAAUUCGUUGCAUGGACGAUUUGACUAGAAUAUCUUUUGACUCAGUCAUUUGAGAAUGAUUUCCGUAUGAUAAAAGUGGUACACAUGUGGAGGUUUGUUCGUGAGAAAGGAUUAAAUAUAUCAAUACGUUUGUGUUUUAUAUUUGCGUAGUCGCAUUUAGUUUUGCAGCCUAUACCCAGGCAUUCAAGAUGGCAGAUUUAGAUGAUUUCUUUGCUAAGAAAGAUCGCAAGAAAGCGAAGGGAAAGAAGUUCACGACUGCGGAUGAAAUAGCAAAGAAGCUGGAAGAAACGGGUAAAAAAAUAGAAAAAACCAAGAAGGAUAAAGUCAUUCUACCAUCACAGACUUCUGGACAAGGAGAGGAAGAACAAGGAAAUCAGGUUGAAGAAGAUGACGAGUGGAAGGAGUUUGAAGAGGAGAAGAAAGAUUACACGGGUCUUAAGAUUGGAAACCUGCAGAUUGAAGGAGAGGGAAUAUCUGGAGAGGGGGAAGAGGAGGAGGAGCCAGAAAUGGAGGAAAAUGAAGCAGGUGAAAUGGUGCCAAAACGUAAAGUGCAGUCGGGACCUUGGAAGAUGGUGAAUCCUGAAACCCCAGAACCACAGGUUGUGGAGAAGCGGCCAGAGCCACCCACAAGCGGCAGCAGCAGCAGCAGCAGCAGCUCGUAUGUGCCGCCACAUCUACGUAAUCAGCCAAAGGAACCCUCACAUGCUAGUCCGCGAUCAAAGACUAAAACAGCACCGGAUAUCAACAGCGAGGAGUACUUUCCAAGCUUAUCGGCAGCCAAGAGUAUAGAGCCCGCUGGAGCCUGGGGAAGGAGGAAGCGUGAUGAAGGUAGUUUUGAAGAAGUACGUAACAGCAAGUCUCAUUCAAGUCGAUAUUCUGACAUGGCCACGAAAAUGUCUGCAAGUGGUGCAGGCCCCAAGCUGAACCUGGGCAAUAAAUAUGGAGCCCUGAGCUCAGACCAGAGCUGAGCGAAGUGCAUUAGUAGGGAAAUGUGAGCCUGGAAACGAGUAUCUAGUCACAUCCCGUCGCUUUCUUUGGUGUUCUGUUUCAUAGUUGUUGCUCCUGCUUCAAGGGAACUUCAGAAUGGUCUUGAACCUGUCCCGGGCCAUAACAGUGAGGAGUGUUAAGGAUGGUACACAUGAAAAAGCAUGCCCUUAUAUAGUGGAUUUUGGAAUGGAGAUAAUCUUGGUCCAAAAUUCCAGCAUCAAGUGUUAACUAGAAUCAGUGUGUAAAAUAAAACUAAGUACUCGUUUCUUGGGACUGGCUUCCUAUUUAUUUGAUAUCAGGGACCGACUGAGUGUGCGUAUAUGUGAGCUGUUAGCAAAUUGUUACUUUAUUGGGGGGCUGGUAAAGCUUUUAUACAGCAGCCUUGUUCACUGGCGUGCCCAUCUGAUGGUGCCUGCUUCUUGGGGUGAAAAACCCUCUAUAUCACAGUAAAUUCUGUUUAGACCAAGGUAGGAAUUUGAUUGUAAAGGUGCAAUAGAAAUAUGUACAUUUUGUCAUUUGUUCCACAACAUUAUCACUACCAGAAUGCGUUACAUUGCCAGUGGAUUCAACAGGAGUGGAAAGUUGGCAGAAUGAAAUGUUAAGCCAACGAUUGAUAUACUGGAUUUGAGGAUCUCACAGUGGAGACUUAUGGAGUGUAACAACACACAGUCUGGUAGAAGUCUACAUUCUAGAGGAAUAUACUGCCUUCACCUUCAGGCUGCCACGUGCUUCCUACUGGUUUCUUGCUAGCCUUACUCUUUAACCCCGAAGAUGGAUGCAGGAUAUUCAUCUGAAACAUCAGCUUUCUACCAGCCUGUGUGGCGUUACAUCCCAUAAGUUAAUGUCCUUGAUUCAUGCAAUUUAUCAUGUGAAAUUGAACUCCUUUUAUAACGUGCUGUUUCCACAUACUGGUCUAAACAAGUAGCUGUGAUGUACUGAAUGUUUGUUGUAUUGGAGGUCCUUUUGGCAGUGACUAUGAAGGGUACACUCUUUUAACACCAUGUAGUUUGGAAAGAAUUGGACAUUUGAGGGAACAUACUGUCUCCCUCUUUGGGGUCGAAGAAUAGGCCAAGAAAACAGGAGAAGCUUGUCAUCUCCUUUAAACCUUCAAGAUGGAGGUGAUAUGUUCCUCUGAAAUGUUGGGCUCUUCCAAACUACACAGUAUUAUAACACAGACCCUUCAUAGUGAGUGCUUAUUCCACUGCCAAGAUGCACCUGCCAAACCUGUUCGGCAAUGUGGAAUUACUGAAUACUUGUUUUUGUAAAUCUUUUUUUUUCCCCCGUGUUAUGUUUUUUCAGCCAUUUCGUGAGCAGUGCAUGUGAUGGAUGAAUGUAUGUUCUGUUGUAUGUAAGGUUUUUGUAUAAUAUUAUGAACUGGGUAAGUUGGAGGAACCAAGUAACUUCACAACUGCUGUUUUGAGUGGGAAGGAUAUGUGUUAAAAUAAUGGAAAUAAAUCAGAUCACAAAGGUUUUAUAUGUUUGUGCUUUGAAUGUAAGGCCCACAUGAAAUGGUGUGCAGUCAUGUACAGUUUUACAUCAUUGCCAUCAGCAGGGCCAGAAAGGUAUGUUGGGCUUUCAUGGCAGUUGUUGCAAAAUGACUUAUACAUCAGAAAAUUAACCAGAAUCAAUAAAUAGAUGUUGUCAUACAUCUUCUCGUAGAUUA